GACAGGGUAACCACAAUAUAUAGAUCCAAAUAAUGAAAAAAGAGGGGUUGAAAGAAGAAAAAUAAUAGGGGGAAUAGUGGAACUGCAUUUGGACUUGUAAAGCAAUGGAAAAGUGGAAGUGAUCUCCAUCCGAUGGACUUCAGCAAAUUCUUCAGCAUCAGCUUCUUCUCUUCCUAUGGAAACUGAAGUUUCAGAGUUCCAAAGGACUUUUUCACGCUGUUUCUGAACGAUGUGACGUUGGUCACUUUUUCUGACUGGAAACGUUUGGACAGACUAGUAACAUUUAAAACUUUGGAAAAGAGUUUGAGCUCGUUUUUCUCUUUCUGUUGGGUUGUCUAUGAGAUAGUUUGGGAUGUUACCAGCGGAUAGAAGCUGACCAAGGCUGCGCUUGAAGAAUUAUUAUUAUUAUUUUAUUUUAUUUUUUUUUGAGGAGGUGGGGGGUCCCUUUUCACGUCAAAAAAACACGUCUUAUUUUAAAAUUGUAUACGUAUUUUAUUGAGCGAUUUGGUGCGUUUACGUUGAGUUUUUCAUUCAGACUCAUGCAUUGGGAGUGCAAGCGCAAAUAAACUGGAUUAUUCUCAAAUUACCGGGAACUUUAAAAACUCAAGAAUUCUCGGAAAACGAGCAUAUUAAAUUUGGAGAUUAUGAAGGAUCAAAAACGCACACAAAACUGAUUUUGUCAUUUUUGCGGAUUACACAAGCAGCGCAGAAAAAAGCGAAUUGUUGAACGAUGACGGGGAAAGUUGUUGGAUAUGCGCUUUUUAUCGCUGUUUUACACAUUUGCACAGGAUCCCGUUUGCGACAAGAAGACUCUGCACCCCGCAUCGUGGAACACCCCUCUGAUCUGAUUGUAUCCAAGGGUGAGCCCGCCACCCUAAACUGCAAGGCAGAAGGGCGUCCCUCCCCCACCGUUGAGUGGUACAAAGAUGGAGAGCGUGUGGAAACAGACCGGGACAACCCUCGAUCCCACCGCAUGCUCCUGCCCAGCGGCUCUCUCUUCUUCCUGCGUAUCGUACACGGCCGUCGCAGCAAACCCGAUGAAGGCUCCUAUGUUUGUGUGGCUCGUAACUACCUGGGAGAAGCGGUUAGCCACAAUGCCUCACUGGAAGUAGCUAUUCUCCGUGAUGACUUCAGACAGAACCCUGUGGAUGUAAUGGUGGCGGCGGGUGAGCCGGCGGUCAUGGAGUGCCAGCCGCCCCGUGGGCACCCAGAACCGACCAUCUCCUGGAAAAAAGAUGGAGUCACCAUAGACGACAGAGAUGAAAGGAUUACGAUACGAGGUGGAAAACUAAUGAUUACGAAUACCAGGAAGACAGACGCGGGAAAAUACGUUUGCGUGGGAACCAACAUGAUGGGCGAACGAGAGAGUGAGAUUGCAGAGUUGACUGUUCUCGAGAGGCCCAGUUUCUUGAGGAAGCCGAACAGUCAGUCUGUGCUGGUGGAUCAGAUCGUUGAGUUCAGGUGUGAGGCUCAUGGAGACCCCGUGCCCACCAUUCGCUGGAGGAAAGAGGAUGGAGAACUGCCCAAGGCACGGCAUGAGAUCUGGGAGGAUCACACUCUCAAACUGAAGAGACUGACAUCAGGAGACGCUGGUACUUACACCUGUCAGGCCGAGAACAUGAUGGGGAAGACAGAGGCCAGCGCCACCCUCACAGUCCACGUUCCUCCAGUGUUUGUGGUCAGACCCAGGAAUCAGGUGGCCGGGAUGGGACGCACCGUGACUUUUCAGUGUGAAGCAACAGGAAGUCCUCAGCCUGCCAUCUUUUGGCAGAAAGAAGGCAGUCAGAACCUGCUGUUCUCCUCCCAGCCACCACCUCCAUCCAGUCGUUUCUCCGUUUCUCAGACGGGUGAUCUGACCAUCACGGCGGUCGAGCGUUCAGAUGGAGGCUACUACAGCUGUCAGGCUCUGAACAUCGCUGGAAGUGUAAUCACAAAAGUCCUGCUUGAGGUUACAGAUGUUAUCUCAGACCGACCUCCACCAAUUGUCCGCCAGGGUCCCACCAACCAGACCGUGGCCGUAGACGGAACAGUAGUCCUGGGAUGCCAAGCCACCGGCACCCCGACUCCCACCAUCCUGUGGAGGAAAGAUGGAGUUCUGGUGUCCACCCACGACUCUCGACUCAAACAACUCGACACGGGAUCUCUGCAGAUCCGUUACGCUAAGCUGGGAGACACUGGGAUCUACACUUGCACCGCGUCCACCCCCAGUGGAGAGGCGUCAUGGAAGGCUUACCUGGAGGUGCAAGAGUUUGGUGCGCCGGUGCAGCCCGGCAGACCCACAGAUCCAAACCUGAUCCCCAGUGCCCCUUUCAAACCAGAGGUCACGGAUGUCAGUCGCACUUCUGUGUCUCUGUCCUGGAAGCCCAACCUCAAUGCCGGGGCCACUCCCACCUCUUAUGUAAUAGAGGCCUUCAGCCAUGCGGCGGGCAGCAGCUGGCAGACACUUGCAAAUCACAUAAAGACGGAGAGUUUUGUUCUGAAGGGGCUCAAGCCCAGUGCCGUCUACCUGUUCAUGGUGAGAGCGGCGAAUGCAUAUGGCCUGAGUGACCCAAGCCCCAUCAGUGACGCUGUCAAGACACAAGACAUCCCACCAACGAGUCAGGGUGUGGAGCAUGGGCAGAUCCAGCGGGAACUGGGGGAUGUUGUCAUUCACCUCCACAAUCCCACAAUCCUCUCCUCAUCUUCUGUCAGAGUACAGUGGACAGUGGAGCAGCAGUCGCAGUACAUUCAGGGUUAUAAGGUGAUGUCCCGGCCGUCCCUGGAGGGUGGUCAGCAGCAUGUGGAAUGGGCCGUGCUUGAGGUUCGAAUCCCAGGGGAGCACAGCGCAGUCGUCACGCAGCUCAGGAAGGGCGUGACCUAUGAGUUCAAAGUGCGACCUUUCUUCAACGAGUUCCAAGGCACUGACAGCGAUAUCAAAGUGGGCAAGACCCUCGAAGAAGCACCCAGUGCAGCUCCCAGGGGGGUCACCGUAACGGGAAGCGGAGACAACGGCACAGCCAUCCUGGUAACCUGGCAUUCGCCCCCAGAGGAGGAGCAGAACGGCGUGGUGCAUGAGUAUAAGAUCUGGUGUCUUGGAAAUGAAAGCCGAUACCACAUUAACCGCACAGUGGACGGUUCUACAUUCUCGGUUGUCAUUUCGGGCCUGGUCGCUGGGGUCCCAUACAGGUUAGAGGUGGCCGCUAGCACAGGGGGAGGUCCCGGGGUGAAGAGCGAAACCACAUCCUUCCAGCUGGACUCUUCAGGCCGAAUUGUUUCGCCGCUGGAUGUGGAAAACACGAUUUCUCAGCAGAUCUCAGAUGUGGUUCGGCAGCCGGCGUUCAUCGCGGGCAUUGGUGCGGCAUGUUGGAUUAUUCUCAUGGUCUUCAGUAUAUGGCUGUACCGUCACCGUAAGAAGAGGAACGGCCUCAGCAGCAGCUAUGCUGGUAUCCGCAAAGUGCCCUCCUUCACCUUCACACCCACAGUGUCCUAUCAGAGAGGAGGCGAGGCUGUGAGCAGUGCUGGAAGGCCUGGUUUGUUGAAUAUAGGUGAGCCAGCCACUCAGCCCUGGCUAGCGGACACCUGGCCAAACAGCUGCUCCAAUCACAACGACUGCUCCAUCAACUGCUGCACCGGCAGCAAUGGCAACAGCGACAGCAACCUGGCCACCUACAGUCGCCCAGCCGACUGCAUCGCCAACUACAGCAACCAGAUGGACAAUAAGGCCAGCAAUCUCCUGGCUCCAGACACGGGUCUCUACAGUGACAUAGACCUUUCUAACAAGAUCAAUGAUAUGAAGACAUUCAACAGCCCCAACCUGAAGGACGGGCGUUUUGUGGGGCCCGGUGGUCAACCUACGCCCUAUGCCACCACCCAACUCAUUCAGUCCAGCCUGGCCAACAACAAUGUAAACAGCAACAGCGUAGGAAGUGGAGGAGGAAGUGCCGAUCUCAACGAGAAACAGAGUUGGAAGGGCAGCCAGGGAACACCUCAGAAACAGUCUGACAUUAAUGCACCUCUUCAGUACAACGUCAUGGAACAAAACAAACUGAAUAAGGACCACUACCGAGGUGAGGGCCAUAUCUCGGUCACCAUCCCCUAUAACCAGGCUCAGGACACCCACACCGGAGGCACCUACAGCAGCUCGGACAGGGGGAGCAGCACCUCUGGAAGUCAAGGACAGAAAAAAGGGGGGCGAACAUCUAAACAGGCCAAACAAAACACAAUGAAUUGGACUGAACUACUGCCUCCUCCAGUUAAUCCACCACCAUGUCAGGAAUACACCCUACCGAUGGACGACAGCUAUGACACAGAUCUCCAGUGCCCCCUCCCGCCCUCUCGGAUGUACCUGCAGCCUGACGAGCUAGAGGAGGAAGAGGUGGAGAUGGAACGGGGACCCACGCCACCCGUGAGAGGAGCGGCCUCCUCCCCUGCCGCUGUGUCCUAUAGUCACCAGUCCACCGCGACCCUCACCCCAUCGCCGCAGGAAGAGAUGCAGCCCAUGCUGCAGGACCCAGAUGGUCUACAUGAGCGCAGACGGCUCUUGGUAAGCCCUCCGCCUCCGCCACGCCCCCUUUCCCCUCCGCACACGUACGGCUACAUCUCCAGUCCCCUUGGUUUGGACACGGAUGGCCUGGAGGAAGAGGAGGAAGAGGAAGAAGGUGACGAGAUGGAUGCAGAGGUGGCUCGGGUCCACCAGCACCACACCCACCCGCACCAGCAGCAUUUAGCCCAGCAGAGGGCUCUAUUGCGGGGGCUCGAGCAGACCCCGGCCUCCAGCACCUGUGAUCUGGAGAGCUCCGUCACAGGGUCCAUGAUUAACGGCUGGGGCUCGGCUUCAGAGGAAGAUAACGCUUCAUCGGGUCGAUCUAGCGCCAUUAGCUCAUCGGAUGGGUCUUUUUUCACAGAUGCUGAUUUCGCCCAGGCAGUGGCGGCUGCGGCCGAGUAUGCUGGGCUACGAGUGGCAAAACAUUCUGGGAAAGGCCAUCAUCAGCUGCCAGUCUCUGGAGCAGCAGCACGGAAAUACCAAAACCUCCCUCCGGGACACCGUCCAGGCAGCCCAGUGUCCACAGACAGCAAUGUUAGUGCAACUCCAGGUCAGAGGAGGCCCUUAAAGAGACAGAAACAACAUCCAGCUGCUCAGACAGGUUACCAGCGCAGAGAGGUCUACACAGAAGACCUGCCUCCUCCUCCCAUUCCUCCCCCAGCCAUGCUGAAGUCACCUACACACCCAGCUAAAAUAAUCCCUGAGGGCCCACGAGGGGCCAUGUCCCCCAUAUCCAGUUCUGCUGAUGUCAAGGACAGGCGAACGGAACGGCGAGAGGCCCAGGACUUACAGAGGGGUCAGAGAACAGGCAAAAGCAGCAAACAAGAAUCCGGUGCUGCUGCGAAGAGCCGCCAACACCCAGGCUCGGAGGAAAUUCUACCUUAUAGUCGUCCCUCUUUCCCAGCAGUCCACAGUUCUCGUGGAGAAAGGGACCCUAGUUCCUCUAGUUCACUGUCCUCUCGGGGGUCCGGCGGGCGGCGACGAGGAGAGGGGCCUCCAGGGGCCCGCAGAAACCCUGCAGACUUUGGGCUGAACACCACAGGAGCCUUCCAGAUAGGAGGGGACGAACUUGAGAUGGUGGAGAGCUGAAGAUGAUCAAAAAGAUUUUGCUGUCCAAAUUUUUCCAGCAACCAUCUUCAAGCGCAGUUUGACCAUCUUGACUGUCUUCUGCUGAAAACUACCGAGCCUGACUUACACCACAUUUGGAAAACUGACCAACCAUUAAAUACAUUUCUUCACCUUAAUUUCAAUGUGCAUUUAAAGAAGAAAAAAAUAAUGCUGAAAAUAAAAAAAGAAGGGUACGUUCGAGGGGCUAAAACUGUUUUGAUUGUUUAAUUCCAAUGCAAUAUGUUGCGUCUGUAGCCCCAGAAACUGAUUAUGGGUUUGUUCACCUUGGUAAGAAGGUUGUCAGUCAACUGUUACUGUAAUGAAACUUCUGGCACAAAGAGACUGACUGACAUGUACAUACACGUGUAUACAUAUCUAACUGUCUUUUAUAAUCCAUUGUGGUACAUUAAAUUUGUCUUCCUUGGCUUAUUUGAAUCAUUUUAAAUUUCUAUUACGCCAGUUAAUAUAAUUUUUUAUAGCCUCCAUCCUGGUUGUAAAUUGUCAUAGUGUUUAAAUGCCCCAGGAAAAGUGCCACAUUCUGAGAGUUAAUGUUUGUUUGUUAUUGUUUUUUGUAAUGCACUGUUAUUCUUUUAUUGUCAUUGUCAAUGUUUGUUGUUAUUUGUUUGACUUUGGUUUUAAAAGCACAAUCACUAAACUUUAUUUUGAAUCAUGUUAUUGAUUUAACCUUUUUGUCUUGCGCGAGGAGAGCGAGCACUCGGUACGACAAAAGGCCUCGUUAAACCUGUCGAUGUAGGGUUUUGAGAAAGAAAAAAAAUGGAUAAGCUGUUUACAAAGGAGUGAAUGAAUGGAAACGAAUCCCUGCAUCCCUACCUUCCGUUUCUUUUCCAGAUUCUCAUUCCAGCUCAAGAUAUCCUGUGAAAUGAAAUAAAUGAGAUUAAUGCAGGGAUUUUAUGUUUACGAGAGUAUUGGUCCAUCUCUGCACUUUCGUUCAAAAAAAGAAAACGUUUUUUCGACUGACGUAUGCACUUAAAGAGACAUUUGAGAACAGGAAGUGAGUGUCGGUUUGAGAAUCUGGAGCGGUUGUGAUUGGCUGGCUGAAGGCCCACCUUUCUAAGGUUGGUCGUGUCAGUCACGCACUAAAAUGGCUGAGGAUGUGAGUGUUAUUUCAUUAGACAUCUGCAAGUAUUUGUUUCUUAAAACAAAAAAGCAUAUAAAAAUGAAGAAAAAUAAAUAAAUCAAAA